AUGCCUCACACAUAUUGGAACAACAUAGUGUCCACCCCGGGAUCUUCGGCUGGCAUGGGUCAAUCAAACCAAAUCGUUGAUCAUGCAUCAAAUCUUCUACAAGCAACAAUCGAUCGAUUUGGCUUGAUCUUGCCUUCAGCUGUUUUGGCUCUUUUGAUCUUAGGAUUCAUCUAUCAUGAUCGUCUCGUUUUCUCUCCUGGCAAACGAUCAGGUAUUUAUGAUAUUCCAGGUGGGCUACCUUUAAUAGGUCAUACACAUCAAAUCAUGAAAUUUGGCACAACGAAUCAAUUUCACAGAUUUCAAGAAUUAGCACUCAUGUCACCCACACAAUGUUAUAGGCUAACGUUUGCAGGUGUAGGUUCGAUGAUCAUGAUCAAUCGUCCAGAAUACAUUGAAUACGUUCAAAAGACAAACUUUGAAAAUUAUCCAAAGGGUUUUCAAUUUCGUGAUAAAUUGGGCGAUCUUUUAGGACAUGAUGGUAUCUUUGUGGCAGAUGGCGAUGUUUGGAAAACGCAAAGAAAGAUGGCAAGUCAUAUGUUUAGUGCAAACCAAUUCAAUAAUUGGGUAAGAGUUGUUGUGCAUAACGAACUAAACACGAUCGAUACAAUUUUGGAUAAAGUCGCUUCGCAAAAACGUUUUUCUAUUCAAGGUUUAGAUGGCACAACUUCUGGAAUGAGUGAUGCAAAAGGUGGAAUGGUGAAUAUGACAGAGCUCUUUUUCCGAUACACCUUAUCAAGUUUUGCAAAGAUGGCAUUCGGAUCGGACUUAGGAUGUCUAACCGAAGAUCCUGCUUCGUUAGAAAAUCCACAUCCAUUCGCAGUCGCAUUCGAUUUCAGUCAAGGUGUGAUGAACAAAAGAUUCGUAAAUCCUUUCUGGAGAAUCCUCGAAGCAAUCACGCCUGAAGGAGCACGCAUGCGAUCAAGCAUCAAAUUGAUCCGAAACUUCGGAACUGCAAUCAUCAAACAGCGAUUGGUAGAAGCAGGUAUCAAGAUUGAUGGAAUCGACUUGAACGAAAAGAGUGAAUUCAGUCAAGAGCAUAAAGACUUGUUGGCAUUAUUCAUGGAACAAACACAAGAUCCUGAAGCACUUUUAACAGUCGUUCUAAAUUUCAUGAUUGCUGGUCGUGAUACUACCGCACAAACACUCUCAUGGCUAUUGUACGAACUUUGCGCAAAUCCAGAACAUGUCAAAUUGAUUCGUGAAGAAGUUGAUCGUGUUCUCGGUCCCGAUGCUGCUGAACAACGUGUACGGGUCAAUUAUACCGAUUUCAAAAAGUUCCCUUACACUUUAGCUUGCUUCCAUGAGGCAGCUCGCUUACAUCCUUCCGUCCCCAAGAAUGGUAAAGAGAUUUUGCGAGAUGAUGUGAUCGUACCGCAAGGUCCAAACCCUCACAACCUACCACCUAUCAAGGUAUACGCCAAAGAAAGAGUUGGAUGGUCAGACUGGGUGAUGAACAGAUUACCAGAAGUUUGGGGCGAAGAUGCGGAUCAAUUCAAUCCCAAGAGAUUCCUCGAAAAGGACGAAAAAGGUGGUUGGUCGUACGUACAACAAUCUCAAUGGAAAUUCCAUGUCUUUAAUGCUGGACCUAGAUUAUGCCUUGGUAUGAAUUUGGCCGGAUUUGAAGGAGUUUCUUUCCUUGCUGCCAUGUUACAAAAAUACGAUUUCACUUGGGCAUCAAAACAACAAGGUCAAACCAGCGAUUGGCCACCAAUGUACGCCAAUAGCGUUACACAUCCGAUGAAGGAUUCUUAUCAAUGCAUCAUCACUCCACGUAAUUACAACGAGUGAAAACUUUCUACUGUAUUUAUUAAUGCUUUCUAUUUGCCUUGC